GUGAGUAGAGCAUCAGCCAAGGUACUUCGUCUAGCGCCAGCGUUCUUUUCCUCUCCCGCCCAACUGUGUGUAGCCCUUUCGCACUCCUCCCAGGAAAAAGCCUCCUCCAUCUUGUCCCCGUUUUGCAAGCCUCAUCCACCAAAAAUCGAGAGAAAAAAAAUACAACCCACCCUCUGCAAUCUCCCCUCCCCUCGAUUGCAAUCUGCAUCUGAUUGCAAUUGACCUCUCUCUUUCUUCCUAUUUAGUUCGGAGGACUAGACAGACCUCUCUAAUAUGUUCCGCAACGCCCUCAGACAGUCCACCCGCGCCGUGAGCGCAAUCUCUGCUUCGGGCAGAGUCGUUGCAGCGCGAAAUGCCGCACCCGCCGCCCUCAACGUCCACGCCCGAGCCUACGCCUCCGAUGCGAAGGCUUCUCCCACCGAGGUCUCUUCCAUCCUCGAGCAGCGAAUCCGAGGCGUAUCCGAAGAAUCCAGCCUGGCCGAGACUGGCCGUGUCCUCUCCGUCGGUGAUGGUAUCGCCCGCGUGCACGGUAUGGCCAAUGUCCAGGCCGAGGAGCUUGUCGAGUUCGCUUCUGGUGUGAAGGGGAUGUGCAUGAACUUGGAAGCUGGCCAGGUUGGUGUUGUGCUUUUUGGUUCUGACCGUCUCGUCAAGGAGGGCGAGACCGUCAAGCGUACCGGAGAAAUUGUCGAUGUCCCCGUUGGCCCGGAGCUGCUCGGCCGCGUUGUCGACGCUCUCGGUAACCCCAUCGAUGGUAAGGGCCCCAUCAAGACUAAGGAGAAGCGCCGAGCGCAGCUCAAGGCUCCUGGUAUUUUGCCGCGACGAUCCGUCAACCAACCCGUCCAGACCGGUCUUAAGUCCGUCGACGCCAUGGUUCCCAUCGGCCGUGGCCAGCGUGAGUUGAUCAUCGGUGAUCGCCAGACUGGAAAGACUGCCGUCGCCCUCGAUGCUAUCCUGAACCAGAAGCGAUGGAACAACACCAACGACGAGACCAAGAAGCUUUACUGCAUCUAUGUUGCCGUUGGCCAGAAGCGAUCAACUGUUGCCCAGCUCGUUAAGACUCUUGAGGAGAACGAUGCCAUGAAGUACUCCAUCGUGGUCGCUGCCACUGCUUCUGAGGCCGCACCCCUGCAGUACAUCGCCCCCUUCACCGGCGCCUCGAUUGGCGAGUGGUUCCGUGACAACGGCAAGCAUUCCCUCGUUAUCUAUGACGAUCUGUCCAAGCAGGCCGUCGCCUACCGUCAAAUGUCUCUACUGCUCCGCCGCCCCCCCGGUCGUGAGGCUUACCCCGGUGACGUCUUCUACCUGCACUCGCGUCUGCUGGAGCGUGCCGCCAAGAUGAACGACAAGCACGGUGGCGGCUCCAUGACUGCACUGCCCAUCAUCGAGACCCAGGGCGGCGAUGUGUCUGCUUACAUUCCCACCAACGUCAUCUCCAUCACCGACGGCCAGAUCUUCUUGGAGGCCGAACUGUUUUACAAGGGUGUCCGACCUGCCAUCAACGUCGGUCUGUCCGUGUCCCGUGUCGGCUCCGCCGCUCAGCUCAAGGCCAUGAAGCAAGUUGCCGGUUCGCUCAAGCUCUUCUUGGCCCAGUACCGUGAAGUCGCCGCCUUCGCUCAGUUUGGUUCCGAUUUGGAUGCCGCUACCAAGCAGACUCUUAACCGUGGUGAACGUUUGACCGAGCUCCUGAAGCAGAAGCAAUACUCCCCCAUGGCUGUCAACGAGAUGGUUCCGCUCAUCUUUGCUGGCGUCAACGGUUUCCUCGACCAAGUACCCGUCGCCAAGGUUCUACAAUGGGAGUCGGACUUCCUCGCCCACCUGAAGACGAACGAGUCGGACCUCCUAGCCACGAUCGACAAGGAGGGCGCUCUCAGCAAGGACCUCGAGCAAAGGUUGCGAGACGUCAUCACGACCUUCACCAAGAGCUUUAUUGCCUAAAUAGGCGACUAGAAAGCUUAAAACCGCAGAGAGGAGACGGGGACUGUCUAUACCUAAGGGGCCCGUGAUGGCGGAUCUUGUUAGAGAGGGUGAGAGGGUGCACUUAAAAGGGUGCUUAACUAAGUAAGGAAACGGGUUGGGAGCGAAAGCAUUCUGUUCCCAUUGACCCUUGUAAAAAUAGAGCCAAAAACUCAAGAGCACUCGGUUCCGUUGUCCAGAAAACUAGCCGUGAUCUUGGUUUUUUUUCUUUUUCGAGUAAUAUUUAUUGCCGCCUUGACUGGGUUCGGCAUGAUAAAAGGAACAUGUGGGAUUGCUGGACUACAGAAUCAUCCAACUAUUGGAAAACGGCACGGAUACCCAGGUGGUUAAGAGAAGCUAUUCGGGAGGCACCGUGGAUCUGCUAGAUGAUGACAUCACAAUGCUAGGAGUAGGCUAGGGUGGCGAGUUCCAGGUGGUGCCCCUCCCAUCAUCCCAUAGCUCCGAUAAACCGCGAAUUUCUUCAAAUCACUAG